AUGAUCGAUGGUCGUCCAUGUGUAUUUGAAGCAGCAAUCACGAUUUAUGUUUUUAUUUUAUCUUUAUAAAUUAUUUUUUGGUUUCGCGAAUAGAAAAACUUAAGCCUAGGUUCAUGCUUCAGCAAGCAUCGCGCCCGAAGAUAAAAGAGGAUCGAAAAACUGCCAUAGAAGAAGCCUGCAACAAAUGGCUUAUCCUCCGCUGGAUGGGAAAUACAUCUAAAGAAUUGUUAGAAAUACAUCUAAAGAAUUGUUAUUAUUUUGUCACUAUGCCCGAAUUUAGAAUUUGUAGCAUGUAGUAUUUCUUUUUCUUUUGUGGCCGAUAUAGAUCUACCAGAUCUAUAUAGAUCUACCAGACCGAUAUAGAUCUAAAAAUUUUUUAUUAGUGUUUCUAGAAAUUAA